AUGUCAAUGUUUGAUGAUGAUAUCCUUUUGGGAUACACAAAGAAGAAUGAAGGGAGCAACAGCAACAAUGUACAACAACAUAACAAAGAUAAUAGUGUUGAUAUGUUCAUAAACAACUUUAAUAAUAAUAAUAAUAAUAAUAAUACAUUGAAUAGAACAACAUCUAUCAAUCAACAACCACAAUUACAUAAUACAAGUAGUGGUAGUCUCAACAACUAUAUCAACAACAACAACAAUAGCAAUAACAAUAGUAACAAUAAUAGUUACAGCUCUUUCAACAAUAUACCAACAUCAUAUGGAUCUUAUAAUAAUUCACCAAGACAGACGUUGACCCAACACCAACAGCAGGGUAGUGGGUCAAACAGUCUAAACAAUAGUUAUGGUUAUAGCAGUAGUUAUGAUCAACACCAACAACACCAACAACAACAACAACAAUCACAACAAAAGUUGAUCAACUUUGAUGACGACGAUGAGUUCUUUAAUGCAAUUAGAAGUAGCGAUGGAAAUAGAGCUGGCAGUAGUAGUGCAGCAGCUGCUUCUCAGUCUCCAUUAUCAGUGAGCACUGGCAAUGUGUCAUCACCAUUGUCAUCGUCGCCCAGAUCACAAUUGAAACAGAACCUAUACCACAGCUUCAUCGAGACCGACCCGUACAACCUAAAGAAUAUGGGCGAGCUGACGAGAAUCAAUGAGCACAACAACGAGGGCGACUCUUUCAAUCAUGUGGUCUCUGAGAAGGACACGCUGCAGGGCAUCUCACUGCGCUACAACUGCACCGUCGAGGAGCUCAAGCAAACAAACAAGCUAUUCUCCACGGCAAUCCACGACAGGUCGGUGCUAGUCAUACCAAAGAAGAAGAACCAAACCCCCCAACUAAAGGAGGACAUUUACAACAACAAGGACAUGGAGGAGACGAUGAGGAAGCGAGUAAUUGGUCGAUUCCUAAAGAUGACUGGAUGUAACGAUCAGGAGCAGGCCGUCUUUUACUUGGAGAAGCAUUCCUUUGACUUUUACAAGGCGAUGCACGAGUAUCAACGAGAGGGCAACAUCGAGGUGGAGGUCAAGAAGAGCACAGAGAUGGCCCGACCUGGCAGUGUGGCAAUGAACAUUCUCUCACAACAAGCCUCUCCAUUGCAAGCGGCCGCUCAUGGCACAUCACACAACUCCUCAUCACCAGCUGAAAUACUCAAGAACAGUGAUAUAUUGAUCAAUCAAUAUCGAGACAUGUAUUCGAGUCCAUCAAAGUUCAAUCCAAGUCCAAAUAAUAGAAGUACAGAUAGAUAUUAUUGA